AUGCAGGCUCUCUUUCGCAAAGGCACCUCGCUCUUCAGCUCCACGCCCACCGACUCCUCUCCGGAGCGGGAGCAGACGCAGGACACCACGCCCGUCACUUCUACCGAGGACUUCUCGAAAGCGCCGUCGCAUGACGCCCUGUUCCGCAAAACCGACCCCGCCGUCGACGGCGAGGACUGCCUGCAUGACUGCGCAUCUUGCACGGUGAAGUACCCGGCCAAGUUCGACGUCGACUACGAGGAUGAGAUGUACGGUAAUGUGAACGGCUGGGCGACGCAUCUGCUCGUCGCCACUGGUAAGACCGACUGGGUGCGGGAUGUGGCGGAUGAGUCGGGCAGUGUAAUGGAGGCUAUCGAGAAGGGGGGGAUUGAGCCUACGAACGGGAAACUCAAACUCUCCGCCUCCAAUAUCCCCGUCCCGGAUGAAUACCACUACCACGAAGCCGGCCAGCAACCCACCACCGUCCUCCUACUCCCCAGCUUCACCAUCGUCGACCACGUCACUCCCGCGCUGGCCUCUGAUCUUAUCACACACUUUGUCAACCCGGCGCCCACCACCACGACGCCGUUGGCCGGCGUAGCGGAGGGGUUUUCCUCGCAGAACCAGACCGCCGAGUCCGAGACGACAGUAACAAGCCCUUCCAUCCCCGCCACACCCCUCCAAUCGCGUCCGUCGCCGCACGCAGCCGUCAUCCUGCUCUGCUCGCAACGCACGCGCGACGCACGAUGCGGACAGUCGGCGCCGCUCCUGAAGCGCGAAUUCGAGCGGCACCUGCGACCGUUAGGGCUGUAUCGCGAUCUGGACGACGAGCGACCGGGCGGCGUGGGCAUCUACUUCAUCAGUCACGUCGGGGGACACAAGUAUGCUGCCAACGUGAUUGUGUACCGACGGCGGGACUUCGAAUGGUAUAAGCAGACCGAGACCAAGACUGGAGAGCAAGACGAGGGCGCGGCGCAGGGGAUCUGGUUGGCGCGCGUGAGACCGGAGGAUUGUGAGAAUGUGAUCCGGUAUACGGUGCUGCAGGGGAAGGUGGUUAAGCCGAAGGAGCAGUUGAGGGGUGGGUUUGAUCGUGAGAGGGGGUUGAUUAGUUGGUGA